AUGGCUACGGUUCAAGACGAGGGCGAGUAUAAUUUGCAAGAGGCAUGGGACAAGGCGUGCACGUCCUUUGCGCAGACAACCACAGUCGACCUCACUACAGCGCCGAAAUUCUCUGUUGACGAAGUCCUUGAUCAAAUUCGUGCAAAGCAAGAUGACGAUGAUGAGAAAAACAACAAAUACAGGGCUGCAAAAGAUGCGAUUGGCAAGACAUUGAAAUUUGUCAUGCUUCUGGGUGGGAUCGCUGCCCAGGGCGCAAGCAUGCUAUUUCCGCCCGCUGAUCUCUGCUUCAAUGCAAUUUCUUAUCUAGUUGACGCUGGAGCGAAAUUCAAACGCAUUUUCAGCAGCCUGGCAGAGCUAUUCUGCCGCAUCUCCGACGUGCUAGAGCGCUGUAAGAUCUAUAUGCGCUUGCCCGCAGAUGCGGUCGACGUCGCCCUCCGCAAGAUUAUCAAUGAUGAGCUAGUAUGUUUUGUCGACAUUUGUGCGUUGUCGAUCAAAGUUCUCAAGGGGCACAAGAUCUUCAUCGCGCUCAAGGUAUUUACCCUCGGCAGCGACGAAGGCGUGAGCGACCAGCUGGCUCACCUAGCCACCCUAGUUGAGCGCGAGUCUCAGAUGCGGGCAACACUAGGGUUCGAGUCGCAGAAGACUAGCGAGAGAAACAUUAUUGAGAGCAGGGAUGGCACCAGAAAAAUCAACGCGGCAGUCGAUAAGCUGCUCAACUUUGAGAACAAGAAAGAUGCAGAUACUGCCUCAAAGAAGCUGCUGGAGAGUAUCGAUUCCAGUCUCGACAAUCCUAGGGAGGCUUUCGAAGUCGUUCAAAAGACUCUGCGACUUCUCUUGGCUGACAAAGUUCAGGGGAGCGGAGAGUGGCUUCGGAGCGAUCCACUGUAUACGGCGUGGGCGACCCCCGAAAAUUCGUCGUUUUCGAUCUUGGGCAUCUCCGGGGACGAGGGACAUGGCAAAUCGUUCCUCUUUGCGAGCAUCACCAAAUACCUACAAGAAGCACAAUCUCAGUCUGAAAAUGAUAUGAGGUGCAUCUCCACUGCCUACCAUAUCUUUGACAAAGAUAAAAAACAAAUAUCCUUGGUCCAGGCCCUCAAGGUCCUCGCGUGGCAGGUCGCCAACCAGGAUAUUGUUUACCGCAAAGAUGUGAGCUCUGUGAAAGCAACUGGUGUCAACCAGAUAGGAAAUCUUUGGGACGUUCUCUUUUCCAAGUCGUACAAGAGCGACUCAACCUUCUUCCUACUCCUGGAUGGCAUUGACCAGAUAGAGAAGAGCGAACUGAAGGAGUUUGUCCAGGCUUUGGAGAAAUUACUAGCUACCUCUGAAACCUGGUCACAAUUUAACCUCCGCAUUGUUAUCACUGGACGGAAUGAGACAAUGAGUAAAGUUAAAGGUUGGCUUGGGGGAGGACUAUCGACAAUCGAUGUGACAUCCGAAAACAAUGAUGAUGUAGAGAAGUUCAUUAUUGACCGCAUGGACAAGAUGGAGAUUCUGAGUGGCUCGUCGGAUCAGGUACUUUCUCUUCGACGCGACAUCUUACAAAAUUUGAAGACCCAGACCCAUGGCGACUUCGUCAACAUUGGCCUCCUGCUGCAUGAGAUCAGCGGAAAGCAGCGGCCUGGUGAGAUCAGGGAUAUUUUAUCCCGCUCGGGAGGCAAGAGAUCCGACACCAUCGCGAGAAAGAUUGAACUCCUGAACGAGACACUCAGCGAAGAAGACAUCUCUGACCUGAAUAUUCUCCUCACAUGGGUUGUCUUCUCCUCUUCGCCCCGAUCUCUGAGAUCCCUAGAGGGAGUCCUCUUCCUGAAGGCUGGGGAAUCUUCUCUUCGGCCUCUGGCGGAAAAGAUAACCGACCAAUAUUCCUCCCUCCUACGGAUCAUGGGAGAACCGCAUCCUACGACUAAAAUCAUCCCAAGUGACUCGAACGUGUUGCUAGUCUCCGACUCAAUAGAGGAGUUUCUACGGAACAAGGAUGAGUCCGAUAACGCCGAAGAUGCACCAGACCUAGACCUUAGUGGCGAUAUCACCGAAGUCGAAGUCAGGAUCGUCCGUCGGUUCUUGGAGUCGGUCUGUGAUCCCAAGCUGUUCUCCAGAUUUGGAUUCGAACAGUUCUUCCAGCGGAAACUCAAAGGAAAAACGGCCCUGGUCGGUGUUGACAUUGACACUGCUCAUUUAAGUAUCCUGUCAACGUGCUUGGAAGUUAUUCAUCACCAGGAAUCUCCAGAAUUAAAACCUCUGCUCAUUUACGCGUCUUAUUAUUUCCCCGAUCAUCUUAAGCAAGCGGACCCUUCACUGACGCAACCACAACACAAGGUGGCUCUUGGUCCGCAGUUGGUCACUCUCUUCACAGACGAAAAGACAAUUGAAAAAUGGUGGAACCCAACUGAUCACUGGCCACGGCAUGAUUGGAUCUACGGGGACGAAUAUGCUGAAGUUGCGUUGAAGUGGCUUCAAGACUCUGCGGUGACGAAAAACAUCCCUGAUGAUGAAAGGAAAUGGGUGAAAAGUUUGAGUUCCAAGUCCGAGCCUGAUGCAGAUAUUCUGGAGCACAUGGCGAAAUUUACCGCCCGUGUUUGGUUGCAAUCGGGUCCUGAUAACGAGGAUCUUGCCAGCUGCUUUGCUGCAAUUCAUGGAUAUAUCACAAAGAUUGAGAACCGCAAAAACCCCCAAAUUAAAAGAUCAACCAGUGACCCGACACUCGAAACUGUCGACGCUUCCCAAAUUUCCGAUGCCGCUGAAUGGGCUCGACAGAAGCUUGGACUGGAUAGUCUAGGAUAUGAGGAGACCCGCAACCUAGCGCGCACAUUCAGAGAGUACGAAAAAUACACAGAGUCCAAUCAAUAUUUCAAACUCUCGUGCUCGCUCCAGGAAUACAACUGGCUCUCGCAAUGGGGUCUUGCGACCUUAUAUUCCUGCCAGAAGGAGUACGCGGUUGCGAUUGAGAUGAUAGAGGCCGCAAAGAAUACAAUCAAGCGUGGCGACAGACGCGAUGAUGAUUGGGGGUUGGUAGAACUGGACCGCGAUAUGGCAAAGUACAACGAGAAGUUGGGUAAUAGCGAAAAGGCUUUUGCGAUAUACGAGGAAAUGCUGCGGCAUGACCCCAAUGACUACGACGUGGUGUUGGAGAUGAUGAUAUGCUUCCACAAAGAGAAGAACUCAGAGGGCCUGCUCAAAUUCCUUGAUUCGCUCAAGGCCUCCAUAGACGAUUCAACCGGUCUAGACAGGCGAACGCGGACGUUCCACCAGCACUACGCCAACGACGAGUAUCACGAGGCAAUCCUCACUCUGGUAUCCGAUAGCAAGACCUUCGAUGCUAUAUUUGAAAGCUACCAAGUAGCCAUUGUUGCUGCUAAAGAGGAGCUCGCCAAGGCGACCGAUAAGGGCGACACAGACCAAGAAAUAUUCCAUCGGGCCUGCCAAGCGCUUCUCAUGCACAACCUUGCACAACUUUGCUACAAUAAUAGCUCAGAGAACGUCAAGCGCAGGCAAUUUGCCAUUGACCAGUGGGUAGACAUCCUACAGAUUGAGGAAACCCCCAGCGAAAGGUUCGUCUUAGUCACCAAAGGCUUCGUAUGUACAAAGCUCGCGAACGUCUGCUUCCAUGAGGCGAUGCGGGACGAAAACACUGCAGCUACCUACCUGGAGAAGUUGGACCAGCUGGCCACAUUCAAGCCAACAUACAGCGUGGGGCGCUCUAAAACCUAUCCAACAGAACUUAUCGCACGAUACCACGCGCUUCAAGGCGACGAACAAAAGGCGAAAGAUGCCCUGCGUACGCAUAUCAAACAGAAUAUCGACAUUCUAUCUGACGAUGAUCUGUCAAAUGACUGGCAGGGAUAUCAGGGCUUGGCGAGAUAUCUCAUGUUCGCGGGCCAGGACGCAGACUGCCUCGCCGCUUGGUCGUUGAUUGUUCCAUAUGACGACACGCAGAUCAGUUCAGAUACCUCGGAGGCCGAGGCAACAUUGAAGCAACGCAAGGGGCCCUUGUGGGAUGCUUGUGAUGGCUGCGGUACUUCUUUCCCGUACGCAGAUAAUAUUUAUAUGUGCAGAGAGUGCGACUAUAUGGAGUUUGACGAGCCCUGUUACACCAAGCUACGCGAAGGGACCCUCGAACAAAAGAUGUGUGACAAGGAUCACGAAAUGCUGCAUGUUCCACCAUACGAUGCCGCCCAGCGCCAGAGAGUUGGUGAGGGUAACGUCCUGGUUGGCGAGGAGAUCAUCCCGGUUGGCGAGUGGCUCCAACAUAUCAAGGAUAAGUGGGAUAUUAAUUCGGGAUUGUAA